AUGCGGCGUGUGGUAGUCACUGGCCUGGGCGCCGUCACGCCGCUAGGAGUUGGCAUUCGGCAGACCUGGUCUCGAUUAUUAGCCGGCGAGUCGGGAAUCGUCAGUGUCGCCUCACGUCAACCACGGGCAAGGUGGAGUGACCUGACCAGCACGGUUGCCGGAGUCGUUCCCCAUGGCCAGGAUCCGGCACGGGGGCAAUGGAGGGCCUCGGACUGGCUCAGCGUGUCUGAUCAGCGGCGCCUGGCAACCUUCACCCAGUACGCCAUGGCGGCUAGCGACAUGGCCUUGGCAGACUCUGGCUGGACCGCGGCCAAGCAAGAGGACGCCGAGGCUACGGGAGUUUGCUUGGGCAGCGGCAUCGGCAACCUGGACGACUUGUACGAAACCAGUCUUGCGCACAACGUCGACGGAUAUAGGAAGGUGUCUCCUCUGUUUGUCCCCAAGAUCCUCAUCAACCUCGCGGCGGGCCACGUCGCCAUGAAGCAUGGCUUCCAGGGACCCAACCACGCUGUCGCCACGGCCUGCACCACCGGCGCACACUCCAUUGGCGACGCGUCCCGAUUCAUUGCCGCUGGAGAUGCCGACGUCAUGGUGGCCGGCGGCUCCGAAUCCUGCAUUCACCCAUUGGCCUUCGCCGGCUUCGGCAGGGCUCGCUCCUUGUCCACGGCCUACAACGACUGCCCUUCCAGCAGCUGUCGGCCCUUUGAUGCGGACCGAAACGGCUUCGUCAUUGCCGAGGGGGCUGCCGUGUGCGUGCUGGAGGAGCUGGAGCAUGCCAGAUCCAGAGGAGCUCGCAUCUACGCCGAGGUGAAGGGCUACGGCUUGAGCGGUGACGCGCACCACAUGACGGCGCCGAGGGAAGACGGGCAGGGGGCCUUCCUGGCCAUGAAGCGUGCCUUGAAGAACGCCCAGGUCAAGCCCUCGCAGGUGGGCUACAUCAACGCGCACGCGACCGGCACGCAAGUUGGAGACGCUGCCGAAGCUGCCGCUAUCCGCCGGCUGAUGCUUGGAGAGGAAGGCGUUUCGUCAGAGGCAGAGGUGACUGUCAGCAGCACCAAGGGAUCCGUUGGCCAUUUGCUCGGGGCUGCCGGUGCCAUCGAAGCACUCUUUGCCAUUCUUUCCAUCCACGAGGGCGUGAUACCAGCGACACAGAAUCUGCACAGGCCGGAUGUUGGCGUCGACUUCAACUUUGUGCCUCUGACACCACAAGAAAAGAAGGUGCGAGUCGCCAUCAGCAACAGUUUUGGAUUUGGGGGAACGAACAGCACCUUGGUGUUUUCCAGCUUGUAG